AUGCUACGUCAUGUGUUCCUCGUACUGAUAUGUGUAGCAUGGAUCGAGUUCGGGAUACACUUUUCACCCCAAAUCGAGGAAAUCAGUCGCCAAUUUCUUGCGAAGAAACUUCCUGUGGCCCAUGAUCCGGGGCGAAUGUUACUCCAGAAUGAGGAAGAACAUUCUCGUCUCCUACGCACUCUUGAGCGAUCCAGUGGGAAAUGGGAUCAUUCCCACCCUCGAUAUCGACUAUUAACGGCACUGCAUGGAUUUACUCAAUACCACAAUGCGACCCAAUCCGAGCUGAACAGAUGGAGAAAUCUUUACAAGAAGACACCGCAGCAGCAGAGAUUAUUGCUUAAAUCAGCCAUCAACUACACUGGCAAGUUGAAAAGAGCAGAGAAGCUGCUAGAAGCCAAUGCCAAAGUUGCCCAAUCAAUUGCGCAAGCAGGAUUACAGUUCUACAAUAUCACAUUGUCUGAACUAGACGAGUUCAUCAAGAAGGCUGAGGCCGAGGGCCGGCGGGCUGAUCGUACUAGUGUCUCGCAAAGUAUGAAGCAUUUUGUUCGUGACUGGGCUGAAGAGGGUCACACCGAACGACAAGAGUCUUUUCCGUGUAUUCUGAAAUCACUCUCCCUGAUAUCUCGAACGGACGACAAGCCCCUACGAAUUCUGUUGCCUGGGGCAGGGCUGGGUAGACUAGCCCAUGAGAUUCACAAGCUUGGGGGGUUUGAUGUCGUGAUGAAUGAGUGGUCGGCGUAUAUGAACUUGGCCUACAGAUAUAUCUCCACUCGAUCCAAACCGCAAAGUAUCACGUUCCAUCCCUUCGCGGACUGGUGGUCUCACCAAGCCACGACCGCAGACCUCGAGCGCCCUGUCACAUUCCCAGAUCAAUUAAGUGACCCCUCGGUCGUACUGAUCGAAGGAGAUUUCACGACGACAUUUGCUGAACAGACCGGGCAAUACGAUCUUAUCGUGACAUUAUUCUUCAUUGAUACUGCCCGUAACCUGGUCUCAUACAUCGAAAAUAUCCAUCGCUUACUCCGCCCCGGUGGUCGAUGGAUUAACCUUGGCCCUUUGAUGUAUGGAACAGCACCAUUCGUGCAGCUGUCCUUGGAUGAGAUUUUCAAAUUGGGCACGCGGAUUGGGUUUGACUUCCAGGAGACUGAUGACACAGCUGGGAAUAUCACCAUACCUGGCUUGCCAAUCCGGGGAUUUGAAGUGGCAUAUGGCCGGAAUCCUCGCGGGUUGAACAAAAAUGCUUUUCAGGCACAGUAUUGGGAGGCAGUGAAGCCUAUGCCAGUCUAG